AUGGCAUCAAAUCGGUCGAGCACCGAUUUAGAAAGCGCUAUUGGCGUGCUGGGCAGCUCCCCUCUCGACACCGUUAAAACUAUCAUCUCCUGCCUCGCGACUCUCGGGAACAGCGCGGUCAUCGUUGUGAUGCUGGUCAGACACAAAGUGUUCAGCUCUUUCACCAACCGCCUCAUCCUGCACCAGUCUUUUAUCGACGCAGCUGCCGGCGUCGUGUUUUACUGCAGUACUGUCCUCAAGCGCCCCAGCACCGUCGUUGUCUCCCAGGAAGGCAACACCGCCGACAGACUGGUUUGUAGUUUCCUGUUUUCCGAUUACUUCCUCUGGUCUUUGAACGUUACAUCUACCUACAAUCUCGUCAUUAUCUCACUUGAGCGUUUCAUGGGGACUUGCCACCCGCUGAAGCACCGAAAGCACAUGAACACUACACUAAAACUGGGCGCGGUAGUGACGUCCUGGGGUGUCGGCUUCGUCUACAGCUUCCACUUAACCCUCUUAGUGGAGCCUAUCCGAGGGCGUUGUCAGUUCGUGGCGGUAAGUCACGCCAUGAAGAUUUGCAUUGGUGUGCUUGCGUUCACCGUGGAGUACGUCCUGCCCAUUCUGACAAUGGUGUAUUCCUACGGUAAGAUACUCAUCGCGCUGACGAAGAAUUUGGUCAACCCGGUAACCCCUCGGCAACACUUCGUUCACAGGGCCAAGAAGAACGUCCUGGUGACCCUCCUAAUGGUCACCACGGUGUUUGUGAUCUGUUGGACGCCGUCAGAGUGUUACUACGUAGGGGUACUUGUGCUCAACCUUCGGGAAAACGAGACCUUGUACAUCUCCUUCACCACGCUGCUGGCCUGCAACCUCUUCAUCAACCCAGUCAUUUACAGCUUCAUUUAUCAUAAUUUCCGCUUUCACCUCCGGGACCUGGUGCUUGGACGAUUCCACAGAAAUCGCGUUGAGAAUAUCGCAAUGAACCGACGUCGCUCGGUGAACAUAGGCCUACCAUGA